AUGGACAGCCAGCAACUACCGAGACACUACACGCCGCUGCAUCCGGACCUGUACACGUACCACGAGGAGUUCAUCGAGCCCCGGUUACUGGAAGCGCUGCGCGAGGGCACGCAAGAUGCGAUCCUGAGCGUGAUGGACACUCCCCUGUUCGGCGUGUUCAAGUUUGCCUGCCUGCGGCGAGACUUCUGCGAUCGACUCAUCCAGGAGCUCGACCAUCUCGAGCGAAGCGGCGUCGAGAUGGCGCGACCCAACAGCAUGAAUCGCUACGGCGCCAUCCUCGACACAUGCGGAUUCAAGUCCCUCAUGGAUGAGAUCUGCGCCCGCAUCAUCUCGCCCAUCGCCGACAUCCUCUUCUCCUCGCUGCCCUCUCAAGCGCCGAGCAGAGAAGCCGAAGAUGGAGUCGGCAAGGGCAAGGGUCUUGGAUUGCGCUAUCAUCACGCCUUCACGGUCCGCUACUCGCCGACGCAAGACAAGAAGCUGGACAAGCACGUCGACAACGCCGACAUCACCCUCAACGUGUGCCUCGGGCGCGAGGGCUUCAAGGGCGGCCACCUCCUCUUCCAGGGCUGCAAGGACAGCGCCGUCGUGCGGCUCCCCAAGCAGCUCCACCGCUACGCCGCCGAGGAGCAGGAGCAUCGGGUGGACCACGAGAUCGGGACGGCGCUGAUCCACUUGGGCUCGCACAUCCACCAGGCGGUCAAGCUCGAGGAGGGCGAACGCAUCAACCUCAUCGUAUGGAGCAAGACCCUCCCCUUCGAGUAG